UUAUCUAUUAAUAUGUACCUUGGGUUUACAAUUGUUAAUUUGGUGCAUUGUUUUGGCGAUCAAUAAAUUUAUGAUUUAAAGAAAAUGCAUGUGUUGUGAAUAUAUUUAGGUGUUUUCUUUUAUAUACUCCAUGUACAUAGGCAUUACACCGAUUUCAUUUGUAUUAAUAAAGGUUUUUUUUGCUUAUCAAAAUAAAAAUAUUUGUGUUAUGCAGGAAGACUGUGGAAUGGGAGCUGGUCGUAAGCUCAAAUCCCAUCGUAGAAGGCAGAGGUGGGCUGACAAGUCAUAUAAGAAGUCCCACAUGGGAAAUGAGUGGAAAAAACCAUUUGCUGGAUCAUCCCAUGCAAAAGGCAUUGUCCUAGAAAAGAUUGGCAUUGAGGCUAAGCAGCCAAACUCUGCUAUCAGAAAAUGUGCUCAUGUUCAGCUGAUCAAGAAUGGAAAAAAGAUUGCAGCUUUUGUACCUAAUGAUGGUUGCUUGAACUACAUUGAGGAGAAUGAUGAGGUAUUGAUUGCAGGAUUUGGGCGAAAGGGGCAUGCUGUGGGAGAUAUCCCUGGAGUUAGAUUCAAGGUUGUGAAGGUAUCUGGUGUGUCUCUACUGGCUCUCUUCAAGGAGAAAAAGGAAAAGCCAAGGUCAUAGGUUCAUUGUGGGGAGGCCUUUUGUUAUUGACCUAUUUUAUUUUAUCUCACUUCUCUUUUUGGUUGAUGAUGCUUGGUAUUCAAAGGGUACUUGCAACAACUAUUCGGUAAGAAGUUUCUAUGUGAGUUGUUUACUAGCUAAUUUACAACCUCGUUCUGUCCUUGAAAAUUCAAAUUUUGGAAAUUGAGUGCUAAUUAUUUUUAGGAAUACCUGGUCGGUAACUUCCUGGAUUUUGUCCCCAUUGGAAUUCGUCUCUUGUACAUUUUAUUGAGAACAACUCCUUAUAAAGCCUUUUCGUUAGAGGCCAACUUAAUGGAAGACAUGAGUUAAAAAUAAAAAAAAAUAAAAAAAAUUUGCUUUGCACCGGCCUGUCUUUUACCAAGGGAUUACUCACCUCCAAUAAUAGUCUACCAUGCCAGUGAUUCCACACAAUUCAUAUCAAGGUUAUCAUAUUGGAUAAUCAACAUUUCUUCAAAAACUCUACAAGAUGCCUUAACCCAAUCGAACGUUUUGAGUUUCUUGCAAAUUUCAGAUUUAGUGCCCAAUUCCAUCAACCACCAGUUUCGGCUCCACCAUCUCUAUUGCACCCACCAUGUUUGUAGGCCACCAUCUCCAUUGUCCACCAUUUUUGUCGCCCACCAAGGGUUGGUCAUGGCUCACAUUAGUGGUCAGGUAUUCUUUAUUGUAUAAAUACAUUGGAUAAUCAACAUCUGUACAUGGAUCACUGAAAGUUUAAUAAACAUACCAAAAUGAGCCAAAGAACAACAUAAAAUCCAGACAAUUAGAUUUUCGUACUUUUCACCAUUAGAUUUUCCUAAUGCCAAAGAAUCAAAAACUUUUGCAGUGAAAAAUAAAAUAUGAAUCUGGGUCUCUGAUGGUAAGAAUGGAGAGAAUAUAUCUUAUUUUUCAAAUCCUUGGGCUUCCAUUUGCAACUCUGAGCCUCGGGAAUGAAGUCAACCAACUCAUCAUUCCCAGUGAUCUAUGCCCUCAAGAAGAAAUCGAUGAUCUUGUCAUUUGGCAAAUGAAAUCUGUGCCCUCAACGCAUCCAUAUCACUCAUGAGUGAGAGGAGCUGUGAGGGGCUUUGAAGAUGAGAGAGGGCUCUAGAUUUUUUAGAUCUUAGUGUGGGGGGG